AUGGGGUUUCUUAGCGGGCUAUCAGCUGUGCUCGCGUUUCGCACCGUUCCCACUACUAUCUUCAUAGUGGUCAUCUAUGCGGUAGUAUUCAGCACCCUGCUGGUCACCGACCACCUUCCCUCUGUGCCCAAGCACACACGGGGCUUGGAUUUUCAGCAGGCAUACAGAGACUUGCAUGAGGUUGCCGCUCGCCCGCAUCCCUUCAACUCGCACGCCAAUGUUUUAGUUCGGUCCUACAUCCUGAACCGUGUGAAGGACAUCUCUUCUUCCUAUGACCAUGUCUCGGUGGAUUUCGACCUCUCUUCAAAUGCGUCCUGGGCUUCAGGACUCCUUUCGACCAAUCCGUAUGCGGUAUACUACGAGUCUGACAAUGUAUUGGUCAAGAUCGAGGGGAGCGAUAAAGAGUACCAAGAAUCCGGUGGACUAUUGCUAAGUGCGCACUGGGACUCCGUCAGCACCGCUCCCGGCGCGACUGAUGACGGUAUGGGCGUGGUGACACUCUUGAGCAUGGUCAAGUAUUUUGCGGAGAACAGGCCGAGACGAACGGUAGUUUUCAACAUCAAUAAUGGCGAAGAGGACGGCUUAAAUGGAGCAAAUGUAUUCAUGGAGCAUCCGUGGGCCAAGAUCAGUGAUACUUUCUUAAACCUCGAAGGUGCUGCUGCGGGAGGACGGCCACUACUUUUCCGAGUGACUUCUCGCGCUCCUCUGGCAUCGUGGAGCACUUCUCGUCCACACGCAAAUGUCAUCACUGGCGACGCAUUUGCGCGCGGUGUUAUCCGCAGUGGUACAGACUACUCAGUUUACGAGCAAGCUGGCCUCAAGGGACUUGACUUUGCUUUCUACCGCGGCAGGAGCAGGUACCAUACGAAGUACGACUCUAUCCCUGGUAUGACGAGUGACGAGAGCAAGAACGCGUUAUGGGCAAUGAUGGAGGGAACACUGUCGUCCAGUCUCGUCCUCGCAAACGACAUUAAGGGAGAAACGAGGAGCGAGUCCGUCGGACAAGGAAGUGAGCCUGUGUAUUUUGACCUCUUUGGUACGAUAAUGAUUGUGUUCACACUCAAAACUCUACGGAUCGUGAAUAUCGUCCUGCUUACCGUCGGACCUAUUGUUCUCCUAAUGUUGGUCUACUUCGAGCAUAUCAUCAGAGUUACGUCUCGCAUUCGUUCUGGAUACUACCGCACUCAAAAUGGCGAUGUACACCGCGCGAGCUUGAUGGCGCGUACGUCGGCGGAAAUAAAAUAUUUCCUAAAAGGCUUUUGGGGCUGGUCCAAAUUCUGGAUUGCUUUGUUGCUUGGUGUCGGCUUUCAGAUGCUUUUGGUGGUCGGAUAUGCAAAGCUCAACCCAUUCGUCAUUCACACUUACCCUUGGCUCGUGUUUGUGUCUGCCCUGUCGCUAGCUUAUCUCACGACAGUCCUCGCUCUCACUUUCCCACUAACGAAACAUGGUGUUGUCCCUGCUCCCGAACAGCAAAAGCUGUCAGUCCUCCUUCAUCAGUAUGUUCUGACAUGGGCGCUGCUUGUAUAUGCAACAUCAGCUGUCACACUGGGGGGAACAUAUUUCAUAACUGCGUGGAACGUGGUGGUUCUUCUUGGAGCCGUGUUUGCGUGUGUUGAAGGCAUGACUGGCGCACGGGGGUACGAAGACGAGGAAGAAAUUACCGAUGGUGAAAGGCAGCCGCGUUAUGUGAGAGGUGUCCGCUACGAUGCCGUGGGCACCGCCGAGAAUGGCCACCAGGACGCCGAGAACGGGCACCAGGGCGUGGGCGUCAUUGAGGAAACCGAGCCAACCGAAAUCACACCUCUCAUAGCUCAGCGUGGUGAGCCUACUCCAUCAGGUGAGGAGCAGGGCGCUAUUGGCUGGUGGAUUGUCCAGCUAUUGCUUGUUGUUCCGUUGCCGGUGAUCCUAGCGUCCCAUAUUGCGGUCAUUGUGCUGUUCGCGGUGAAUCAGACGCUCACAGAUGGGGCAAGUCCAUUUGGCGUUUAUGGAACGGUCUCGAUACUGGCGUUAUUCAUUGUUCUCCCCCUUGCACCAUUUAGUAUGAACAUGCAUCGGUGGUUGAACGGUAUCAUUCUUAUCAUAUUCGUCCUCUCAACACUCUACACCUAUCUCGCAUUUCCUUUCUCACAAGAAACGCCGCUCAAGAUUUAUUUCGCUCAAAGCGUGGACCUAGAUACAUCUCGCGUCGUUACCGCGCUAACUGGGCCUCAUCAAUUCCUAUCGACCGUGAUAAUUCCCCGCUUCCCGUCUGCAUUUGACCGGGCCAUCAAUUGUACGGAGGCUCCAGACAAGCUCGGCCUGCAGACUUGUAAAUGGGAGGUUGGAGAUGCGUUUGUGCCCUCUCCAGGUGGAGGUAAGCAUCUUCAUGAGCGGGGCCCUGCGUCCUCUCUAGAGAAGGAAAGGAAGUGGAUGACCACAUCCAUCGAGCGCACGGGAUCAAAUAGUGCGCACAUCAAAGUGCAGGGGUUGAACACCCGAAGUUGCACUCUCCAAUUCUCAAGCCGACGCGUCAAAAACUUCCACAUUUCUGGUGAUGGCGGAAAAGUUCUGCAAGGCGGCUCUGAGGUGCCUGAGGACGGGCUUGAGCAAAUAAGGCUGUGGAGCCGGGAUUGGGAGAAGGAGUUUGAAGUGGACAUUAAUUUCGCAGGAAGUGAGGAUGAGAAGGCCAAGGGACGUGUGAGCUGUGGUUGGGCAGAGUAUGAAAGUGCUACGGUGGGCGGGGGGCGCACUGGGGGCAAGAUUCCGUCGUUGGAGGAGGUGAUCCUUUUCCUGCCGGAGUGGGCAGUCGUCACCAAGAGUUCGGCCGCACUAUUUGAUGCUGGGCAGGAAUUCGAGGUUUGAAUGCCAAGGAGCAGGUAGUGUCUAACUGGUGUCACAGCCCGUCCAUAUAGCCCCUGUACUACGCGAGUUUAGUGGGGGCCGAUUCGACCGAUCGCAUUCGCUUGCAGACUUUUGUCGAGAAGUACCAGAAAUUUGACUUGGGCCUU